GUUCUCACGUACACUUACAAACAUGGGGAUGCAAAUUAUAAUGCCAUAGCAGCAAUCAAGGCAAUAGGGAUGAUAUCAGGCCCAACAACCAUCACUGGUUUAGUCAUGUAUUCAAGAGCUAUGAUCUCUAUGAUUUUCCUUGGCUAUCUUGGUGAGGAGGGACUAGCUAGAGGGUCUCUCUCUAUUGGUUUUGCCAACAUCAUUGGCUACUCUGUGAUCUCUGGAUUAGCCAUGGGGAUGGAACCUAUUUGUGGACAAGCUUAUGGAGCAAAGCAAUGGAAGCUACUUGGCUUGACACUGCAGAGAACG